AUGGGACGAAAAAAGGCGGGAAAGCCGAAAAAGGAGAAAUCAAAAUCCACUGGAAUUCCAGAAGUUGUCAGGCAGAUGGAGAAUUUGUAUGUUCGAAACGUUGAAAAAGAAGAAUUAACGAGAAAAUUACCAUCAAGAAGCAUUAAAGCGAUUCUUUAUUUUAUGGACACAAGUGCGAGAAUCAAAGUCUCUCUUGCCAACCCACGCAUUUACAAAGUCAACCAAUGGGUUCCCCAACGCAUUCAAAUUCUCAAAUUCCACUCGAGAUCCGUGCGAAUCGACGACGCCGAGUAUGGCUAUCAAGUGACGUCAGAAUACCCGAAAACCAGUCAACGAACAGUAUUAUGUGGCUAUAAUACUGAUGAAUUUGGAAAUGAACUCAAUUGGAAACUUCCAGAAAAUCAGGACCUUCAAGAAGGCGACAUUUUGAUUGAACGGCCUGAUGGGGACCCCAAAAAAGGCGACUUUCCAUUAAAUCGAAGCAAUACGCGGCCAAUCAAACAGAAGUUCGAGCUCUGCAUGAGAAAUAUCACAACUGGAAUUAUCAGAAGAAAUGUAGUGCCAAAAAUCAAGGUUCCUGAUGGUCUGCGAAGAAUUGCCAAAGAUCUUUUUGAAGGUGGUCCACCUGGAAAAGUUCACUAUAUCAGCCUACUAAUGGUGGAUAUGGAUGAAGGGAUCAUAAGACUUCCAGUUGGUGUAAAGUUCUGUAUCAAUGUGAUGAUUCUGACUGGACACAAUGUGAAUGAAGUUUACAAAAAGAUCGAGAAAAUUAUCGAUUUGAACAGUUUUCCGAUUCAAACGCUGAUUGUGGAAAUUGAAGGACCCGACGAUCCAUUUUUGAAAAGAAAAGAUUUGGCUUGGGAAGCUCAAUUUUUGGAUUUAUGUCUUCCGAAUCCCAAAAAGUUCCCCAAGAUUCCAAAACAGGACUGGAGGGAGAUUUUUCGGCAUUUCCACCACUCGAACUUUCAUAUUUCGGAGCUCGAGCUGCAUGAGGACGAAUUUUUGGAAAUUGUCAGAGAUUGGAUAUGUUGCCCGCGCAAAAUUGGAUCGAGAUUUGGGAUGAAUUCGACACGAAUUUCGCAUUUGAUGAAUUUGGUGUGUAGUGACUAUGGAGCAGCCAAGGGGACACUUGUGCUGGCAGGAAACUACCAAAUCCCCUACGCCAUGAUCAUCCCAGUCAGUGCGACAGCGCAAAACGAACUGCUCUGCUACAUGGAAAAAUCGCCAUUCUACGAGCAAGAGAUUACCAAACAAAGUGAGCAUCAGCAGAAAUGGCAAAUCGUGUUGGGCAGUUUUCCACUGGGAUCUAUUCAAGAUAUUGUACUAAUUUAA